AUGAAAGACAAGAAGGCAGCGGCUAUCCGCAACGACAAGGAGAAUUCACACGUAAAGUCGAGCAGCGGCCUUGUACCUCCCGAUCCUUUGCCUGCUAUCCACUGCAUGCACUUCAAUGCUACUGGGAACACGAAAAUAGAUGCCGAUAAGUUCGACGACGAAAAAACAACAACAUUGACCAGAAUAUUCGACCCCAUUAGAGACAGGUGGAUAUUAAAUGACCACCGCUAA